GAAGCGGGAAAUGCGAAUAAGGAACAUCCAUGAUGUUGGGUUCAUUGACCCACACAUCGUUAAUUCACAUGUGUUAGAACACCACCCCGCCGACGUGGAGGAUGACCUGUGGCGGUUUAUUAGAAAACAGCAACAGAAAAGUGAUAUUCUAUUUCCUUACCAUUUUGGGUUCCACUGGAUUCUUAUGGUAAUUAAAGUUCAGACCUCCUCAGUUCUCGUCCACGACUCUCUGAAUAUGGAUCCGGCGCUUUGGGGCGACAUGAGAAAAAUGAUGCAAAAGGUUUGGAGACGGUUCGUAGAUACCAAGGUCGGUGAAUUCAAAAAAGAGCUACAUUUUAAAAUGGCAGUGCGGACGACUGGGGAUACUCAGCCACCGGGGACCAACCUAUGUGGAUACUAUGUUUGUGAGAGGAUCCGGAGAUACUGCAAUGAGCGGGACCAGACGUGUGAGAACAACAUCCUGAGGAAUAACCUCCGGAAGACGCUUAGUCCAGAAGCUCGCUUCCGACCACUUCAAGAGGAACUAGCUGGAUGGUUGGCGAGGGAAGUCAUCGAUCCUAAAGGAGAACACUAUUACGAUGACGUAGAACUUUAUAUGCACCAGAAUUUGUAACUAACUUGUUCAAAAUUGUAUAUGGUCAUCCGAUAUUGAAUAUAUAUUGUAUAUGGUCAUCCGAUAUUGAAUAUAUAUUGUAUAUUCCUCUUGAAUUCUUUUUGGUUCUAAUUUCAAAUUUGUUUGAAAUUGUACAUUCAUAUGCAUGUAUGUAUACAGUACCGUAGAAUAUGUGAA